AUGUGCAAGUGCCUAGCCGGAAACGUAGCCUGCUGCUGCUUCAACUGUGCUCUCAGUGUGCUGAUUUCAGUCAUCAGUACCUUCUUGGUGGUCAUCAUUGUGGUCGGAUUGGCCGUCUACUUCAUUUACUACUAUGAAAAGGAGGAUGAUGUUACCAAGUACACCAACAAAGUAACCGAUAACAUCCAGUCAGGAUUUGACAAGAUCAAGGAUGCCCUAAGCAAAUAAAAUCAACUAACAUAAAUUCACAUCCAAAAAUGUUCCAAGCUUUGCAUAAUUCCAUUUA